GGUUUCUCAGUUGGAGUUUUGGUCGGUGCAAUGUUCGGUGGAGUGUUGCUUGGAUUUAUCGUUGCAUCCUGUGUCUUUAUUUAUCGUUGGCAAAAGACAAAGAAGGAACUGGAAAAGAAGGACAAUGUCUCCCAGAAUUGUAACCAAAAUUCAGCGUACGAGAGCGAGGACUACGAUCAAUCGGAUACAAUGAACAAAACGCCAAAAACUACAAAGAUCUCUCAGGUAAAUCCCAUUCCGAGACAGCAGAAUACUUUUACAUCUCACUCCACAGAAGACGGUGUAUAUAACCAUUUGAAUGAAUCAGCUACAUCGACAACAAAAACAGAUGACGUUUACGACCAUGCUAGACUGCAUUCCUCGACAUCAGUACAUUGUGAGGGGUAUGGAACGUUGGUGUUUGAUCAUGAAGGAAAUGAAAUUUACAUGAAAGGAGAUGGCAAGGGAGCUGGAUGCAAUGUUGAAAAGGAAAUUAAAAAUGAACAUACUGCCCAUAAUUACUUUAUUCUUGAAAAAGAAACGAUCUAAUAGAUACAAUAUAUAAAUGCAAACCAUUUAGAUUUUGCAAACAGAAGGCGUAUUUUCAGUUUUUAAUUUUUUUUCACAUUCUUUCAUUCAAAUUUUUUAGCAUUUUUAAUUUUGAUUUUAUUGUUUUAAUUAUGACUUCAUAUAUUGAUUGCUGUAUAGUAAAUUUUCAUGCCUCAAAAUCAUUUAUAAAAUGCAAGAUUAAAAUGAUUACUUUUUUUAAUUGAAAAUCUU